AUCUCUUGCACCUAGCACCUGGACACCCACCACCACUGUCGUCCACUCCUAUAUCCCACCCAAAUCAUCUCCGUUACCUCAGAGAAACCCAUUGAAACAUCCGCAAUAUUCUCACGAGCUCGUCCUUAUCACAGCUUGUCCGACUACCCGUAUCAUAUCACAUUCCUCUAGCGCCUUCGACGACUCACACGCCUUCUCUACUUCGACCCAAUGGCCUCAUCUUCAUCGUCUGGUCUGAAGGACUGGCGAGCAGGUCUUGCACCUCCGGUCAAAGAUGACCGACCACAGACAGAGGAUGUCCUCGCUACCGAGGGUUCCACUUUUGAAAAUUUCGGUCUUCGAAGGGAACUUCUCAUGGGCAUAUUCACCGCUGGCUUCGAAAACCCUUCUCCCAUCCAAGAACAAAGCAUUCCCCUCGCUCUGUCAGGGCGAGAUAUCCUGGCACGGGCCAAGAACGGCACUGGCAAAACCGCGUCAUUCAUCAUUCCCACCCUCAACCGUAUCAACACCAAAGCCAAUCAUAUUCAAGCAGUGCUCCUAGUCCCAACCAGAGAACUCGCUCUACAAACAUCACAAGUCUGUAAAACCCUCGGAGCUCAUAUUCCAAAUUUACAAGUCAUGGUCACAACCGGUGGUACAACUCUCCGAGAUGACAUUUUAAGAUUACAAGAACCUGUUCAUAUACUAGUUGGAACUCCUGGACGUGUACUGGACUUGGGAGGGAAGGGUAUUGCCAAUUUGAAGCAAUGCGGGAUAUUCGUGAUGGACGAGGCAGACAAGCUCCUUAGCGAGGAGUUUACCCCUGUGAUUGAGCAACUUUUGGCGUUAUGUCCGUCAGAACGGCAGUUGAUGUUAUUUUCUGCCACUUUUCCCUGGAAUGUGAAACAUUUCUCCGAUCGCCACAUGAUCCAACCCCACGAGAUCAAUCUCAUGGAUGAACUCACCCUCAAGGGUGUCACUCAAUUCUACGCUUAUGUGGAAGAACGACAAAAAGUACACUGUCUCAACACUCUCUUCUCCAAAUUACAAAUCAAUCAAUCAAUCAUAUUCUGCAACUCGACCCAGCGAGUCGAGCUACUCGCCAAGAAAAUCACCGAUCUGGGUUAUUCAUGUUUCUACUCUCACGCUCGUAUGCUCCAAGCACACCGCAACCGAGUCUUCCACGACUUUCGCGCCGGAAUGACCCGGAAUUUAGUCUGCUCCGACUUACUUACACGAGGCAUUGACAUUCAAGCCGUCAACGUGGUCAUCAAUUUCGACUUUCCAAAGACCGCAGAGUCGUAUCUUCACCGGAUAGGUCGAUCAGGGCGUUUUGGACAUUUGGGGCUUGCCAUCUCGCUCCUCACUUUAGAAGAUCGCCAUAAUCUAUACCGCAUCGAAUCGGAGUUGGGCACCGAGAUUGCGCCUAUCCCAGCGGUCAUCGACCCUGUUCUCUAUGUCUCGCCAGGUGAGAUCAAGCCCGAACCUACUGCUUCUCGACCAACGCCAAAGUCUACUCCUGCACCUGGUCCAAUCGCUCCAGUGCCCGCGUCUCGACCCACUCCGCAACUUACGCAGCCACAAUCGAUUCAACCUGCUGCCCCUCCUGUCGCUCCUGCUCAGGCUCUCCGCUCCACACCAUCCCCCAACAUCCGGGACAAUGCGGCUCUCCCGGCCAAACCUGAGACCCCAAUGCAAAAUAAGCCUGCAACGUAUGAUGGUCGCCCUCCCAAUUUCUCCAGGGACAAUUCAAGGGAUGGUCAACCAGGAGGUAGGGGAAGGGGCAACGGCGAGCGUGGAAGAGGGAGGGGUCGGAAUGAUGGUCCGAGACGUGGGGGCGGUCGGGGACAGCCAUUCGCUCAAGCACCUGCUGUGGUCAACUCAUCGUAGUCGAAAGGGAGGCUAGCUGGGAAGAGGGGAAGGGAACGACAGGCAAAGGCGUAAAGAGGAGUCGAGGGGUGACAUGUGGCAAGACGUGGGAAGGGGCGUAGUGCUGGAGGGGCUGGGUAUGGGUGGACCGGUAGCUUGUUCAAGUCGGUGUUAGAAGCGAGGUGGAGGCAGCCAGGAGAUUCAACUCUCCAUCUUGGUCGCUUUGACUGAGAGGUAAUGAUGGAUGAAGUGACGAGGGGGGAAGGGUAAGCGAAGAUGGAAGAAGGGGAGAGAUGAGCGGACGGAGAUAGAUGGUGUAGGGGAGGUCUCAGUUGCAGCGUGUAUCAUUCCUCUCCCAUGCCAGUCGAGGGGAAUAUGCAUCAUGUAAUCUGAGCUGGG